UGUUACGGGGCUGACUCGGACCAGGAAUACUCUCAGAUUUCUGUCCAGAUCCCAAUUGGACCUGUUGGGACUGUACAACCCACGGGAGACGUGGGACUUACCUUUUUUUCUUCUCUUUGUUGAAGGAUUUUGUGCGUGUUCUCUACUCUGGUCACUUCUCAGGAGGAAAAAUCUCCUGAACCCAAAGGCUCAAUAUGACGGAGGAAGAAGUGGCGGAGAAGCAGAAUGGUGAGGCAGAGAGAGGAAACUGGUCCGGGAAGCUGGACUUUUUCCUGUCUGCUGUGGGGUACGCUGUCGGGCUGGGCAAUGUCUGGCGAUUCCCAUACCUGGCCUACAAGAACGGAGGAGCCUCCUUCCUGUUCCCCUACAUCAUUAUGUUGAUCAUUGCGGGACUUCCACUCUUCUUCAUCGAGCUCGCGAUUGGCCAGUUCACCUCGGAGGGACCAAUCACAUGCUGGAGGAUGGCACCAGCGUUCAUGGGUAUCGGUUACGCCAUGGUCAUCGUCAGCGCCGUGGUCAGUAUCUACUACAACAUGAUCAUCGCCUACGCCAUCUACUACAUGCUGGUAUCCUUUGUGAGUCUGGAUGAGGAACUGCCGUGGAAGAAAUGUGACCAGGCCUGGAACACCGAUAUGUGUCGGUACGAGAAACUUCCCCGACUGACUGGUGACAACGAGACACAGCAGUACGAAACGUUGUACGAGUACCUCUACAAUAAAACAUGCGUUCAGAACAUGAUGAUCCCAGCUGCUUACGAUGACUACAAUCAAGCUGCUGGUUACAGUAAAAUGUACGAUGAAUUUUUGGAUGGGUUCUUGAAGAAGUUCAACGUCUCCAGUGUUGUGAUCACACCAAUGCGAAUCACGGAAUAUGAUGGCUACACAAAUUGCGCGUUUAAAUACACCACACCUUCAGAGGAAUACUAUGAACGCUACGUCCUGAACCAGGCUGACAACGUUAACUUGAAUGACAUUGGUCCAGUAAGUCUCAAACUCAUCCUUACGCUUCUGCUCGCCUGGAUUCUCAUCUUUGGCUGCCUCAUGAAGGGAAUCAAGACCUCAGGAAAAGUGGUGUAUUUCACUGCAACAUUCCCCUACGUCAUCCUCAUCGUGCUGCUGAUCAGAGGCCUCACCCUGACGGGGUUUGAAGAAGGAGUUGAGUUCUACGUCAUUCCCGAUUGGAACAAGCUUACCGAUGCGACGAUCUGGGGUGCUGCAGCAACUCAGAUUUUCUACUCCCUCGGUAUUGGAUUCGGUGGUCUGCUCACAAUGGCUUCCUACAACAAGUUUAAGAACAACUGCUUCAGAGAUGCCGUCCUGGUUGCCUGUAUCAACUGUGGGACUUCCAUUUUCGCUGGCUUCGCCAUCUUUUCGCUGCUCGGUCACAUGGCUUACGUCACCAACAAGAAGGUGCAGGACGUGGCAACCUCUGGCGCCGGCCUUGCCUUCAUUGCGUAUCCCGACGGCAUCACCCGGCUCCCGGCAGCCCCGGUGUGGGCCUUCCUCUUCUUCUUCAUGAUAUUGACCCUCGGAAUGGACAGUCAGUUCGCCAUGAUGGAAACAGUCAUCUCGGCCAUUUCCGAUAUAUUCCCGAACUUCCUGAGGAGAAAAAAGACACCGUUUACUUUCAUCGUUUGUAUGAUUGGCUUCUUGCUGGGAAUUCCCCUCUGCACAGAGGGCGGCGGGCGGGUGCUCACCCUGAUGAAUGAUUACAGUGGAAGCUACAACUUAAUGAUCAUCGCCCUGUUUGAGCUCAUCUGUCUCUGCUACAUUUACGGUAUAAAAAAAUUCCGACUGGACAUAGAAAUGAUGAUCGGAGCUAAGAGUGAUUACUUCUGGUGGUACUGGUACGCGACCUGGGCGUUCAUCUCACCUGCAGCUGUCAUUUUCAUCGUGGUGGUCUCCGCCAUCCAGUAUGUGCCCUCCAAGUACGAGGGUACUGAGAUACUUGACUGGGCUGAGGGCAUUGGCUGGCUCAUGGUCGUCGCUCCCAUUGCGGCCUUCCUCUUUGUCGGACUCUACCAAAUAUGUGCCCUGGGUUUUAAAAAAUCCAUGAAACCCACAGCGAACUGGGGACCUGCCAUGCCCGAGAACCAGGUCGGUCGUUACGCCCACCUGGCUACGCAGGGCGCCUACAACAACUACGCCCUGGACUCCCUGGACAACGUGGUCGCGGACAACGAGAAGUCCAAUCCCCCAACCUACAACGGCCACUACCCCGAGAAGAAAGAGGGCGGGUUCGACAAUCCUGCCAUGGUUGAUGAACGGCUGUAGUUGCUAGACUGUUUUCUCGGCAGUGACGAAGUUGUCACAUCUUGAGGGAACUCUGUAAGUGUGAGAAUCGAAAUCCGUUUUCUUGUUUUUUUUUGUUUUGGAAUAUACUGUAAGAAUGAAUAGAAUAACUGAAACAUAGUUUUUAUCUAUGAAACAAAAAAUAAUAACAUUCAACAAGUAACUUUCUAUAAUGCUAUAUGCGUGCUUCGACAGUGUUUGGGAAUAUUAUGUGUUUUCAAAAUCUCUAAUAUCUUGAUUAUGUAUAAAAUAAUUUUAUUAGAGUGACGUGAUGCAGGAAUUGAAUACAACGGAAAACUUGCGUGCUCAAAAACAUGAAAAUAUUAUAUCAUUUUAAAAGAAUACUUAUUUUUAUGCUUUGUUUACUAUUGUGUUAAAAAGCAUGUCUACAACCGAAACUAUUGUGUAAAAAUGUUUUUGACAUAACAAGCGGAAACUACCUCCUCAGGAAUAAUACACAUUGUGAAAGAAAAUUACAUUAUAUCAUAAUAUGGGACCUUUUUAAAAAAUUGAAACACACAGAAUAAGAAUAAGAAGCAACCGUUACUUUCAGUGAAAAAGAGCAUUCGUUGUCUCAGAAAAUGUAGAUGUUAUUAUAACUACUGUUCAGAAGUAUGGUAUCAGUCGCUCAGAAAGGACGAAAAAGAAUGUUUGAAUAUAACUAUAGAUCGGCAUAGGCAAAAGGGUACUCGCGCAGUGUGAAUUCCUAAUUAUACACAAAUUGUCCUUAAACAGGGAGAAUCUAUUUAUUCAUUUGCAAAAGAAAAAUCAGUGAAAGUUUAAACAUCCAAUUGCGCAUCUUAUUAUAUCUUUUAAGAGGAGAAAACAACUAACAAAUCGCUUUUAACGUUACUUUUUAAAAAUCAUUAUUCGAUAAAUAUGUUUUUAACAAAGUGUGAAGUUAAGUUUUAUCUUUAAGAUGUUUAUAUAGUUAUUAGGCUCAGAGAAUAGAUGUUGUAAGAGAAGGCCACUCACCGUUCUCUGUAGUAUUAGAUGUACUGGUGCGGGUUAAUUUGAUCACAUUCAGUGUUUGAUAAAGGGUGGGUUUUUUUUGUUAGGUUUGUAUGUGUACAACCCCCCCCCCCCAAAAAAAAACAACAACAAUAACAACUACUGACCUGAAGUAGGCUUACCUCAUUUUAAAUGUUAUAAUUUAACAUUUUAUUUCUAUAAUAUUUAUGAAGCAAAAGUUGGGUCUUCUAAAGGUGUCCCCCUCUUCACUAGCUAAACAUUUUAACGGGGGUUCAGUUCUAGACACCAGCAUUUCUCAUUUUGUUUCAUUCAAAUUCUAAAAUGGUCCUUUUAACAGUCACGUGACGCAACACAUACACCCCUGUCAUAUGAUGUCCUUUCUUCAUUUAAAUCCAAGCACUAAUAACAGAAAUACCUUCCCUCAUUAGAAAGGGAUACAAACAUCCCCAGUUGUCGUUAUGUUGAAAAUAACAAAUUUGUCUCUCACAGUGCUCUCAAAAUGGCUUGUUAUUUAAAAUAAUUUUUAAUCCUCACCUUGUUUGUGAUGCCAGUGUACAAAAUGUACAAACUAGCCGUGGUGCCUGUUUGAAUGUGAUACUAACCAGAUGCUCAUCAUUGAAAUAUCAUUGUUGUUUUAAGCGGGUUUAGGUGUAGAUGCCCAUUGGCUUUUGUUAUUGUAGGUUACGAGCCUCAUCUGAUUGUACACGUUUUGGAAAGGGAGGCCUGAACAAGAAUAAUUUUUUUCAUGACCACCUGGGAGUAGUUCCAGCCCCUAAGAUAGCCUGAUUGGGGAAGAAAGUCCUCCAUCUUUUAUUAACAGAAAUGUUAAAGAAAGGCUCUAGUGAAAUGAGUUUUUAUUGUUUAAAAAAACCCAAAGUUAUAUAAUAGUGUGCUUUUCUACACGUCUUUUAGAGACAACACAUUAAAGUUGAAUUCUCAUUAUGUCCUCACUAGAUCCGCUUUUGCUUUCAUACAAUAACAGAACUCAUAAUUCAAAUAUCUCAUUCUGCUCUAAUUAAAACUCGUAGGCUGUAUUGGAUGUUGGUGCCUUAUCUUUUGGCAGUUUUCUUUUUACUACAACUCUUGUAAAUAAUUCACAGCUUUGCGCUACUGAAUAUACCACUGUGUUUAUAUACCAUAAUAGACUUUUUUGUUGUGUCUGAGAGAGCUCAAGUUUGGAAUAGAUGGUGUGUAUGAACUCUUGAUUUACCAUUAUACAUUUAUGAUACACUGCUCUUCUCAUACGUUUGAGUACUUGUAUAGGGUGUCCAUAAAACCACGACACUAUAAUAAAGAAUGACUAAACUGCGUAUGUUCUGAACUGUCUGGAUUCUUUUAAGGAAUUUUAAAGGCUCUCCACUCAUUUGGGCUCGGUCCCAUUGGACAUGAGCAUUAAUUUCGACAGUCCCGACUCUUAAAACCCCCCCAAAACUUGCAGGGUUCGAAGGACCUGUAAACCUAUAAAAUAAUAUUGAUACAUUUUAAAAACUUGAUUCAUUCUUAGUCGGGCUUUUUUUUACAGAGUGUAUAUAACAUUGUGUCAAAAGUGGCGAACCUAUUGCACGAGAACUACAUAUCAUAAUCAGAGAAAAACAACUUUGAUGGACUGCUUUAUAAAAACAAUCUUUUUGUUAUAAGGAACCCAUUAAUGAUGAAAGGAUUAUAUCUACAAGGGAAAUAAACUGCCUGAAUUUCAAUAAAAGGUCAACACAAAUUCUUAAAAUCAUUUUUAAGUGAAAAAGAACCCCCAAUAAAGUCAACAAGAUCCGUAUUACGAGAUGCAAUUUUACAGAAAUAUAAUACUAUUAGCAUACUAUUCCUUUAAUUAUAUACUUAUCUAAAUGUGAGAGUGAAUGGUUUCAUUUGUUGUAAUGGUGUUGAUAUUAAUAAAACUAUGUAUAUCACUUUUUUAAAGUUCUGUUAUAAUAAACCAUAUCGCUUAUAAAACAAUGUUUUCUGUGUCCAAGUUUCAGUAUUCGUAUGAUUAAAGUUUCUUUAAAAAA